AAUUAAUGCCCUCCUCAAAACAUUUGGUGACCCCGACGUGAUCGCGUAAAAAAUCGUUUUCGUUAAAAUAAAAGGUGAAAAGUGCUUAUAUAUAGUUCGUAUGCUCACACAAUACAAUUGCAUAUCGUUGCAUCGCUAUUGAACUUUAUCGGUACAUUCGAGUACAUAGCAUCUCUUUAUAUAUUUGUGCACUAGCAUAUAGUUGCAGCCCUUUUAUAUACUUUUCGUGCAAAUUGUGUUUGUGCUGUUGGUUUUGGUGGUCCGAUAGAACCGUUAGCUCGCGGUCAGUGAACGCCAAGCUUGGCUCCGCUAUUCUUUCGUUCUCUAUUCUCUGCGUUUGGUACAGCUGCUUCGGUCGCAAACCCAAGGUGACAUUUGAAUACUCUUUUUGAAAAUAAAAUGGCAGAGAAUGAUUCGGUUACUGCGUGCCCAUCCGGGGCCAAUAGUGAUUUUGACUUUUAUAAAGCCAAAGCGGACUCGGUUUUUCGACAGCUAGUGGCUUUAAAUGACUUUUUCGGUUCAGAAGAGGCGUCUCAUUUUGAUGAGGCCGACCUUCAAGUCAGGCUUGAGCUUAUUGAAAAAAUGCAAGAUAAUUUUGAUAAGUCUCAAACAGCUGUCGAAAGGCUCAAUCUACUAGAGCUGGCUAGUGAUGUGCGUGCAAAAUUUCUAAACAUUUAUUGUGCGGUGAAAUCCAAAAUAUCUCGCGAACUAGCAAAACUCCGCCGAGUGUCAGUGAUAAAUUCGACUGCACUCCCAAAUUUCAACAUCGAGCAGGCUUCAACCUCCAGGGCUGGUGUCCGGGCCACUAGGCUGCCUGAGUUUAAGCUGCCACGAUUUGGAGGCGCUUAUAUGGACUGGCCAGAUUUCUACGCUAUGUACACUACAGUCAUCGGCAACAACGAGGACCUGACCAAUUUGGAAAAAUUCCAGCAUCUACGCUCCUGUUUGGAUGGCCCCGCGUUAGACACAAUUCGCUCGCUGGAGCCAACAGAGGCCAAUUAUGAGAAGGCAGUCGACCUAUUGACUGCUAGGUUUGAUAACAAACUUUUGCAUUUUCAGGGGCACAUACGAUCUAUUUUCAGGCUUUCUAGUGUGGUGAAAGGGUCGGCAAGGAGUUUGCGGCAAUUGAGCGACGGCAUCAACUCUCAUCUGCGAGCCCUUAACACAAUGGCAACCACCCAGGAGAUUGCGGAUGGAAUGCUCAUAUCCCUGGUGUCCUCCAAACUGGAUCAGCAUACCCAGGAGAAGUGGGAAGAGGGAUUGCCUACCAAUAAGCUGCUAAAAUGGACGGAUAUGGCUGCCUUUUUGGAGAAGAGAUGUCGGAUGAUGGAAAACAUUGAAAAUGCUAUGGUAACCCACACACCUAGCAACCAGAAAACCCUAACGAUUUGGAUGUCCUUACACUAGGUCACUUUUUGAUUGGGUCUUCUUCUGCCACAAUCGAGGAGCCCGACAUCACGCACCUCAGCAUCGAUCGGCUGAGCCGCUGGCAACGAGUUUGCCAAAUUCAGCAAAUCAUCUGGCGGAAGUGGAGUACCAGCUACCUCUCGCUUUUACAAGAGCGUGGGAAAUGGCGUGCAUCAAGGCCCAACAUCCUACCGCAUAGCAUUGUGGUGCUCAAGGAGGACAACAUCCCUCCGCUUCAAUGGCGUCUUGGCAGAGUGGAGAGCAUUAUCCAUGGAGCUGACGGUGUGGCCCGU